AUGGCGGAAACGAUGAUGUUCUUCUCAACAAUCCCCCUCAUCCUCGACAGCUAUGCCCAACCGAAGCCACCCGGGGCAUCCCCACACCAUUCCCAUGGCUCAACAACCACACCUGACCCAGUCGCACAUAUCAACCGCGGCACUCAUAAAUCUCCACCCGUUGCAAACGCAACAGGAACGCGGCCCACAACCUCUGCGCCAUCCCACCGAAAAGGUCCAGGUGCCGUAGGCGCAGAAAAGAAAGCGUCGAGCGGCAAGCCUACACAAAAUGCUCGUAGGAAAGGCGAUACGAAGGAGAAACAAGGGUGGAAAUCAAAAGUGAAGGAAAUGAAGCGGGAAGCUGGCAAGAGGCUUCGACUGUUUAGGCGGAACAAUAUAGAUGCAGCCGUGGAUGUGAAAAAGGCAGAUUGA